UUUCUGUUAGAGCGAGUAUUUGCGUAUACGUUUCUCUUGCGAAUGACUUCAAGAAUCGGGCCCCAGGUCCAGUUCUCAGUUUUGGGUGGUUGAUCGAUUCAUUCUUUAUUAUGUAAAAAUUUUGUGUCUUUCGAAAAUGUAUUUAGUAGGACUGACAGGUGGCAUCGCUACUGGAAAAAGCACAGUUGCUGCUAUUUUCCGCGAACAUGGUAUCCCCGUUAUAGAUGCCGAUAUAAUUGCCCGAAAAGUUGUUGAACCAGGAAAACCGGCAUGGUACAAAAUACAGAAGGAAUUUGGUCCAGAUGUGUUUUUGGAUACCAAGCAUUUGGACAGAGCAAAACUGGGUGAUUUAAUAUUUAACGAUGUUGAAAAGAGGAGAAAACUUAAUGCCAUUACACAUCCUGAUAUAUACAAAGAGAUAUACUGGCAAACUGUCAAGUACUUUUUACAAGGGCAUUCAUUCUUAGUUAUGGAUCUGCCGUUACUUUUUGAAACAGGACACAUGUUGAAUUACUUGCAUAAAAUUAUAGUUGUAACAUGUGAAGAGGAUCUCCAGCUACAACGAUUAAUGGAACGUACUGGAUUUACAGAAGCUAAAGCAAAAUUAAGAAUAGCUGCACAAAUGUCCUUGGAGAAAAAAGCAGAGAUGGCAAAUUUUGUAAUUGAGAACUCCGGCAAUGAAAGAGAUACCAGGGAACAGACCAUAAAAGUGAUUAAUGUUUUACGCUCCUCUAAGCAUCAUUGGAAGUUGCGUCUUUUAGUCGGAUUUUGUUGUACCGUACUAUUAGCUGGCGCGUACUGGUUAAGGAACAAGAGCUGCAGAUCUUUAACUACUACAACUUGAAUUUUUUUUCUACAAAAAUUAUUCAGUUUAGAAACAAAUAAAGGUUUGUUGUCUGCAAAUCGUAAUUGCGUAAUAAAAGCGAAUAUAGAUUUUGUUUACUUUUGUACACCCACAGAUUCGCAAAUGAAUUUUUUAUCGGGUAUAAAACAGAUAAUAGGUGAAGUUAAAUCACGUAAUAUCGUGAUUUGUAUAUUUACAAACAACUAAUUAUUUUUGCUAAACAAAUUAUCCUUUUUAUAAAAACCACUGUUUUAAUUGCAACAUAUUAAAGUUGAUAAUAGGACAAGGGAUAUGAAUAGUUCAUCUACAUAUACAUGUGGGAGGAGUGCAUGCAUGCAUGCAUGUACGUUACGUAUAUACAUUUUAUGAAAAAGAUUAGAAUUAAUGAAUUAGAGUUAUCUUUCUUGAUGUAUGGUUAAAUAAAAGACAAGGAAGAAACAAAAUAGUCACACUCUGCUAUUAGCUCUAAUACAAUUACCAUAUUGAAUUACAAGAUGACAAAUAUAUAAAUUAGUUUUUUUUCUAUUCUAAAAUGAAAACGCAUUCAUGAAUGUCGUGUAAUUAAAUAAACAACGCAUUUAUCAAACCAGAUGGAAAUUUGACAACAAAUGUAAAUAAAAAAUGAGUAAUAUAUAUUACUGCUCUAUUGAACUUUUCUAGGAUAACAUUCCUUUUCACUUUUUUUAUGUAAUUGAAAAAUUGAAAUUUUCACCUUAUUCACAUACUUUCGCGUUUGCAAGUAUUUUACGAUAGAAACCCACAUUCGUCUUUUCUUCAUUUUUUUAAUAGUGAUUUUAAACAUAAAUUUAUACGUAAAUGAUGUACAUUUGUAUGCAUAUAUAAAAUACGCGAGUACAGUGCUCUAUUUCUUAUGUUAAUUAUCGCAAAAUAUAUACAAGAUUCGUGAUUGAUAACAUGAUUCAAAAACAGAUGCAUAUCCAUUUGUACGAGCGCAUUCUUAUACAUUGUAAAAUUUUCCGUAUACUGUAUAUAAUUUAUACACUUGUAUAUGAAUAAAUGUAAAUUUAUAAUUGCUAUAUUAAUCUAAUAGAAGGUUGCUUGUUUAUUAAAUAAAUUAUGGAAAUAAAGAAUCAUAAGUACUCAAUAAAA